AUAUACUAGAACGAACUUUUAAGAAACAAAAGCGAAAAACGUGAAGAAGGAGAAUGGCUUUUAUGCGUUCCAAGCCAUCGCUGGGUUCCCUGGCCCGCGUUGCCUUUCGCUGGUGUGGUCCUGGCGUGGGGCUCGUCAGCUACAGCCAGGAGCCGUAUCUGGUGAAGGCCGUGCAGGGCAAGUCCAAGCCCAGGAGUCCCACCUUACAGUCCGCAAUGCAGCCCAGAGCACAGGCCGAGACGAUUCAGGCCCCCAAGUGCUUCGGGGAGGACAGCUUUUUCUUCAGCUCCACGCCCAAGGCCGAUGUGAUGGGCGUGGCCGACGGUGUGGGCGGCUGGCGGGAUCGAGGCAUCGACGCCGGGCGCUUCUCCCGGGAUCUGAUGCAGCGCUGCUUCGUCCACGCCCAGAAGCCCACCUUCGAUGCGCGCAAUCCGCGCCAGCUCCUCAGCGAAUGCUACGGCGAGAUGAAGCGCAAGUGGAAGCCCAUCCUGGGCAGCAGCACCGCCUGCGUGGUGGCCUUCAAUCGCAGCGAGUCGGCCCUGUACACCGCCAACCUGGGCGACAGCGGGUACGUGGUGAUCCGCAACGGCAGCGUCCUGGACCGUUCCGAGGAGCAGACGCACUUCUUCAACAUGCCCUUCCAGCUGACAGUGCCGCCGCCCGACUCCAACCGCGAGAUGUGGUUCUGCGAUGAUCCCUCGGAGGCGGUGGCCACCCGCCUGCUCCUGCAGCCCGACGACCUUGUGCUGGUGGCCACCGACGGGCUCUUCGACAACAUGCCCGAGCAGAUGCUGCUCGAGAUGCUCUCCAAGGUGCAGGGCGUCCACGAGCAGAAGGCCAUACAGGAGGCGGUCAAUCGUGUGGUGGAACGGGCGGGCGCCCUCUCGAUCAACCCCAUCUACAAGUCCCCCUUCUGCCUCCGGGCCCUGGAGAACAACGUGCCCUAUGGGGGCGGAGGCAAGCCGGACGACAUAACCGUGGUCCUGGCCAGCGUGGCGAUGCGCCAGUGCAAUACCGUGGGGGAUUCCAAUGAAUCCAAGGGCUCCGCCCUACGUCCACGUCUAUCCUUUCCCUAG